GCUGCUGCGGACAGAGCGGACAGAAUGCAUAGGACCUGGGUGACAUUUCCAAGCUUUGCCAAAAGGGAUGGGCUACAAAGGUUCCUUGGUGUCUCUGAUCCAGCUCUGGCCUCUCACACCUGACCUGGUUGGUGUUUCAUUCAGAAGUAUUUGCCCUGGAACAGCAUGCAUAGCUCUACAAGCUUGGACCCUGCUGCUUCCCACUCACAGGACAAGCAUGCCUUCACUCGACUAGGAUGGGGCAUGGCACUUUGCUGUUUUAAGUCAGGGAAGAAGUUACAGUGUGACUCAUUCUCAGGCGUGCCACCUGUUUCCCCCAACAGUUCCCAGCACAGUGCCCGCCUGAAGAAUCAAUAUCUCAAACAGGCAUCUGCAGAGCUGUCGUUCUCCCAAGAUGUAUUGCAGCAAUGGGGGCUGCCCUGCAUACCCUAUUCUCAGUAUAAGUUUGACCAUAUCUACAGCACAGAAAACAUCAUCUCUUUGCCCAACAAAAGAGACUUCCAAGCUCGGAAGGCCCCCAAACUCAAGCCACUGUUAUCUUCAUCUAUAAUGGACCUACCGCCCUUACCAAACCUCCAACCAACAACUAAAAGUGUUACGGCCCCAAAGAAACGCAAACUGAGGAGGCCUAAGAAAGAAAGCUCACCCAGUGACUCCCUAGUUCGAUCUUCCUCCAGUCCUGCUUCUGAGAUUAUGGACUCCCAAUCCACAAUCCUGUCAAACACUCCUGAGUGGAAACUGGAACAAAGGGAAACAUGGCUUAAACCAGCAGAGAGAGAGGCCAGAGGCUGGGAGAAUAUUGUGCUCAAAAAACUGAACAAGCGCACAGCUCGAUGGAUCUUAAACAAGAGACCCCCAAGGCCUGGGGUCCCACCCAGCAGGUGGCAGAGCUUCUUGAGACAUCAGUAUGAUUGGAGCCACAUCCGGGAUGAGCUUUCGUCUGCCAGUGACCUGGAGCUGUUGGCCCAGCUUGAGGCUGAAGAGACAGCAGAAUUUGAGGGUGUAGAGACUGUCGCUCCAGCCCAAGAGGACAAGAAACCAGAGUUAUCGCUCCCUGCUUACUUCAGAAUCCCUGCUUACUUACCACUUAAGAAGAAACCUGAGAUGAUGGUUGGCACCAACAAGACAGUUGAAGAUAUAAUUGCUGAACGGAGCCUUUUCCGGGCCCGACCUACGCAAGAACGGCAACAGAUAAAUCCCAGAGCUGGGGAGUUUGCUUACGCCACGGACAAUGCCUUUGAACAGGAGAUUUACUUUGACUUAGUUAACAUCGUCCAUCAGGAUGGCGUGGGGUAUGACCAGAUCCUUUUGGAAAACCUCAACCAAUACUGUAAACAUUUGCCAAUGGCCUUCCCGAAAGGUCCAGAAGAGUGGAAUUAUGAGCCACGUCCUAUAGAAGCUCGAAGGCCCCAAAGGGGAGCCUUCCGUUGGACAGCCUUGCCCACCCCAGCCAAGGACCUCCUGCAAUUGAGCCAAGAGACUCCUCCUGUCAAGGUCAGGAGAGGAAGGAAGGAUUUUGUACCAAAAAUAGAGGAAAAUGUGACCUGGGAGAUGAAGGUCCUCCGGAACAUGCUGCAGGAAUGGAAGAAUGCCUGGAUUCUAACUACACCGUGGCAAGAUGCUACAGUGGAGGGACUGCUACGGAACAUGAAAGACGUACAGGAUGGGAUCAGGAUUGAAGCCAUCAUCACUUGUGCCACAGCAGCUGUAGAGCGACCUCGAAUUGAUGUCACUAAGAAGUAUCAAGACAGUGAAGACAAUGAUGAAACUCAGCUCAUCCAGGAGAUACCAAAGGAACUACAGCCUAUGAUCAAGGAAGCACUUACGGAUAAGAAUGCCAGUGUACGCAUGGCAGCAGCUCUGUGUCAUUACGCCAUCCAGGCACAUGACAGCCAAGCCCAGGAAAUCAUGCAGAAUGCCCUGGCAAUAGGUAAUGAUGCUGACAGCUGGGCAGCAGCCCAAUGCUUGGCUCUGGAUGGGAUUGCUUCUUUUGCUGUGGUGAAGAGAAUCCUCUACCAACUGUUUUGCAGAAAGGACAAGGAAACAGAGGAACAAAUUUGGCUCCUACUGAGCUAUCUCAGUGAUAAGACGAACCUGAUACAUACCCUACUUGCUGUGGAGCUGAAUAGCUGCCAGUGGGAAGACCGGAUUGUAGCCUGCCGAGCUCUCUCCCAGAUCCAUGGAAGGAGUGUCAACCAGGAUCUGAAACAGAAGUUGAUCCAACUGAUGUGGAAUGAUUGGAACUGGGGUGUACGUCAGGCAGCUGCCCAAACCCUUGGGCAGAUGAAGCUGGGGAAGGAGGUGCAUGACAAGAUCAGAACAAUGCUGGGUCAAGGAAACUCCCGGGAACGAGUAGAUGCCCUCUCCCUGAUUGGCUGGCUGAAGCUCAUGACUGCCAAGUUGCUUCCUGACUUCCUUAACUGCUUCUCUGAUGAUUUCGUGGCUGUGAGGAGGGAGGCCUGUCUUGCAGCUGGGGAACUCAAAAUAAGAGACAAGAUGGUCUGUGACAGCCUCGUAAAGUUGGUACAGGGUGAUCCAUACUGGAAAAUCAAAGCUUUUGCCAUCAGAGCUUUAAGAAUGAUUGGGGAUGUAAGUCCCCAGCUAACAGACCUCUUGCUCUGGGCUAUCCACUAUGAGGAAGAGCCAGGCGUGCGACUGGAAGCCUGUAGGAGCAUCACUGCCCUUCAACUUCCGGGAGACAAAAUCCGAGACACCUUCCUAGAUGUGCUCCUCCUAGAGAGCCAUGAGGCUGUUCUUAGGGAAGUGAACGAUGCAAUGAAGACUCUUAACUUACAAGAUGAAGGAAACCAAGAGAUGCUUCAAAAGAUCAAGAAAAAGAUUUCUCAACUAAGUCAGAAAAACUUGAUCAUCAAUAAAAUACUGAAGAUUGAAGCAAUUGCUGAAACUAUUCGGCAGGAGACGAGAUACAUCUGUCUCAGCAGUCCCAGAAAAGGUAAACCUUCGGUACAACUUGUGGACUUUUUCAAAGACGCUUUUAAAGAUUCUGAUGUCCCUCUCACUCUGUCACCUUCUGAUACCUGCGACUUGGAAAAAGCCUUAGAGCCUGUGAGGUCACCUACGCCAAAUGUCUACAGUAGGAGUCCCAUCUUUGAGCGGAAGAUUCCCGGAAGAUUAACACUCAAUAAACGUGUAAAAACCACCAGGGAAAAAAGGAUUGCUUUGGGACCAUUUAGUAAGUCCCAAUGGUCAUGUAAAAUUGAAUAAAAGCCAAGGGAAGGCAAAAAAAAAAAGACUUUUUUGUCAUCUCCCAGGUGAAGAAAAAAAAAUCCCUUCAUCCAGGACUGCUUCACCCCAUCAGGAAGUGUGGCUGUACAUAGACAACUGAUAAGUAGCUUUGUUGUCAAAGGAGUCUGUCUUAUCAUUCUGUAUUAUCUGUUUGUCUGUGUCUAUAAACUGGAUGCUGAGGAGGAACUGGAUUAAUUUCUUAAUUUAAGUCAUUGAACUGGAGAAGAGUGGCUGAUCCCACUCAUUCCCUCCCCACCAGAACUCUCUAGUUCACUAGAACUAAAAAUAAGUAGAGCCUUGGCAUGUUUUGCACAAUGCAGGAGGUCUUUCGAGGCAUGGCCUGGAGCUCAUUCCCCCAGACUAAGAAUCAGCUCUGAUGAGUUUGUAUCAACAGGUCUGGGUCAGGACAAAUUUAAUAGCAAAGUUGGGGAGGGAAGGGGUAUGUCCCUGAAAUCCAUCACAAAUGGUUAAAUCAUGUUCUCUCCUUUGUGGGUGGAAGUAACCACUUGUAAAUCCCUGGUAUAUGCCUCAAAUGUUCUACAAAACAGGUUGGCAAUGAUUCUCUUGAUACUGCAGCCUUAAAAUCCUUAACGACCUCUAAAAGAUUUAGGCUUCUGACAGAGCCAGGAUUCUGUCAUUCAUUCAACAGAACAAGUUUGACAGUCAUGUCAACAUGAUGUGGUGUUCAACAUGUUCAACAUUUAUUAAGCACCUACUGUAUGUAAGGUGGGGGGAUAAGAGAUACAAACCAGCUCCUGCCCUCAGAAACUCUUGGGGGAGCUCAUAAGGGUUUAGCUGGGGUUGAGCGAGAACACAGAGCAGUUGCUAUAAGACAGAAGAAAAGAUAUUCUAAAGAUUUAGUUUC